AUGGAAGAACUUGAUCCAAUACCUGAAGACCUGUGGAGGUAAAGACAAAACGAAUGUUAGAAAUGUGUGAAGGACGAUUUACGCUACACAACUUUUGCCUAAAACUGUCGCAUGCAACCUGCUUACAACUUGAGUUAUACUCUGUAAUUCGUAAGUGAGUUGUGUGCUUGAUUUACACAGUACAAUAGUCAAGUUGCAAGCAGGUUGUUUGCAGGGUGUCCACCUUUUGGUGAAGGUGAAAUUCCAGGACUUUUCCAGGACUUUCAAGGCCAUUUUUCAGUACAUUGAAGGACCUGGAACUGGGAAAAAUCUUUGAAAAUGGUAGAGCAGCAAAUAAUUCAUUUUAUUCAGUAAUUUUAAUCAAAAUCACUAAUGUUGGCACAGCUGGAGGUCUGCUGAUUUUCUAUUGAUUCAAGGACUUCUACUGAUUUUCAAGGACUUUCCGGUCCUGGAAUUGUUUUUCCAAUCCAAAAACUUUCCAGGAUUUUCAAGGCCCGUGGACACCCUGUGUUUGUUUUGUAGUAACACGACGAUGACCGUUACUGGACUUCUAGGGAGAACAGUUUCUGCCUGAAAGAACUAUCCAGUAUCUACUUUCUGAACCCAGUGCAACUUAUCCAAGUCAUAUUUUCUUUUCUCUUUAGUUUCAACUUCAAUUUCUAUCAAGACAGUGAUUAUCUCCUGAAACUUGCGAUUAUUAUGGCAGAACAAGUGUUAGAAACUUGUGAGAUCAGGUUGACAACUUUUACAAAUUAUUUAAGUUUAACCAGUUAAACUAACUAAACUAACUUUACGAACAAAGUCUAAACUUUCGUACAUUGUUUCUUAUAGUGUCGACACGGACACGCUGCAUCGUUUUAUGUUAACUGUGAGAAAGAACUACCGGCCUCUGGCCUAUCAUAGCUGGUCUCACGGCUUCUCUGUCGCGCAUAUUCUUUGGCUUAUUUUCACUCAAUCUCCUGACACAUUUACAGUAAACGAGGUACGUAGCCAACAGUCAACAUAUCAAGUACAAUCCCUAUUAUUCCCAUUAUUAUCUUCACUAUCAUCCCCCCACAUCCAUCAUCAGCAUCAUUACCACCAUUAUAAAUAUCAUUACCACCACCUUCACACACUAUCCCCACUGUCAGCACCAUCUCCACUACCAGCAUCGUCAUCACCAUCAAGAUAAUAUAACCAUAUCAUCACCACCAUCACCCUCAACAUAACCACCACAGGGUGUUAGCCAAAAAAGUUUUGUCCGUUAAACGUAAAUUGGGAAAGUUUUUUUGACCGAUCAAAGUCCUUGUGUAGGAAUAAAUAGUGUUUUUUUUCCCAACGUGUUUCUCCUUAGACGCAAACAACGGUAACUUGGUUUUGUACAUUUCCGGUCAAUGAACACUGAAAAAUGCACCCGAUGGUACUUCGUUUUGUAUAUUUCAUUUCCGGUGAAUGAACAUGGAUGCACACCGAUUACACUUUGUUUUGUACAUUUCAUUUCAGUGAAUACACACCCAAUAUGAAUGAAACGCGAUACAUUUUUAGAAAAUAGUUAAUGGUAAAAAGUAAAUAAAACGUUCUUUGAUAUAAUAAUAUAAAAUCAAACGCAAUGCACUUUCUCAUCAGAAAAAAUGAAAAUCUUCCAGUAGACCCAGUUGGGAAAGCCCCUUAGCUACUUCAAUUGGGAAGAGUCAGUCAAACGGACAGUAUAUGGGCUAGCUAAACCCUGCAUCAUCACCAUCACUACCGCCAUCAUCACUACCACCACCAACUUCAUCAUUGCCACCACCAUCCUUACCAUCCUUACCAUCAUCAGCACCACAAUCAAAAUCACCUUUCUUUCGACAGAAACUAGGCAUGUUCUUUGGUGCUGUAUGUCAUGAUGUUGAUCACCGUGGUUUUAACAAUCAAUUCCUGCAACUGAUUAAAUCUCCUAUUGGAUUACUGUAUCAAACAUCCACAAUGGAAUGCCAUCAUUUAGACCACACGUUAUAUCUUUUACAGGUUAGGAAUCGCUUCACAUUCUCAUUUUAUUGCAUUAUUUAGACUGGAGACAGGAAAAACGCUUUACUGGAAUGCAGCCUUAAGACUUCGAAAGGGAAACUGUAAAGGAGGAUUUUCACUACACAACUUUUGCCUAAAACUGUCGCAUGCAACCUGCUUACAACUUGAGUUGUACUGUGUAAAUCAAACACACAACUCACCUGCGACAAUGUAAGCGAGUUGGGCGCUUGAUUUACACAGUGCAACUCGCAUGCGACAGUUUUAGGGGAAAACACUGUAGUGUAAAACGGUCUUAAUUAACUUGUCUUAACUAACAUAGCAUCAAUUCACGUUAUUAUUUUCUUAGCACGAUGAUCUGAAUAUUUUUAAAAACAUUGAAGAGACACAACAUAGCGAGGUUUGUAAAAAUGAUCACUUGUCGUAGAAAUUUUAAUCAUUAAUAGGCUCAUAUGAAGACUCUAUGAAAGUAGUCAGUAGUCGCUCAUCAUAUUUUCUUACUAGAUCAUGGCAGUAAUCAAACAGACAAUUUUGGACACAGAUAUCACGCUGUUUACUCUAAGUCAUAUGGAACUUGAACCCAUCGUUUAUGCAGGAGAAUUUGAUUUUGGAAACGAACGCCAUAGGUAAUUAUUAAAAAAUCAAGUAGAUUAUAUGCACAUCAUAGAUUAUACCGGGUGACAUUUGCUUUACUAUUAUAGGCAGCGAAAAAACUAUAAGAGCUACGUCGCUCAAAUAAAUGUAGCUACAGAUUCAUAAAAGGCUAACUUAAAUUUUGAUAGGUUAUUAUAUUACUUAAAUAAUCUAAUCUUUGAUAAAUAUGAUAUCUUGAUAUUAUUCGACUAUACUUAUUGUAGAAAGUUGUUUAAACAUGAAUUGAUAACAGCCGCAGAUCUGUGUGCCGUUGCAAAGCCUUGGAACAUACAUCGACAGUCGGUGAAAAAAGUGUUUGAAGAAUUUUAUACCCAGGUGAGGAAAUUUUUAAUUUCACAUCAUUAUAGACUGCUCCAGUAUGACUCCACCAAACACCGCAGGUUUUCUUUGGGUACUCUCAUUUUUUCGUGUGGAAACACUGGAUAAGUAAGGGAUGGCCAGAGAGAACAGUUUACAACCGAUAGAGCUAUCUACUUUAGAUAUCUUCCUGUAGCAAUACUGGGUCAAAAGCGAGUGCCCUUACUGAACCUCGAAGAAGAACAGUUUAGAACUGGCGGAACUGCACAUGAUAAAGUUAAGUUAACUGACAAAAAACAACAUAUUUUCAGGGAGAUCUUGAGAAACAGAUGGGACAUACGCCUAUUCCACUUAUGGAUCGAGACAAGAAAAAUGAAGUGCCAAAGUCGCAAGUGAGUGUUAAAAUUUCCUAAGUACAACUACAUCACUACCAACAUCAUUAUCAACAUCAACACCAACAUCACUUGUAUCACCACCAUCAUCAUCACCACCAUCACCACCAUCGUCACCAACAUACUAUUAUUACAAUAAUCCCCAUACUAUCAUCAUCACCAUCAUUACCACCAUCAUUAUCAUCAUCAUCACCAUACUAUUAUCACCAUAAUCCCAUUCCAUCAUCUACAUCAUUAUCACCAUCAUCACCAGCAUCACUUGUAUCACCACCAUCAUUAUCACCAUCGUUAUCACCACCCUUAUUAUCAUCAUCAUCACCACCAUAAUCCCCAUACCAUCAUCAACAUUAUCAUCAUCAUCAUCAGCAUCACUUGUAUCACCACCAUCAUUACCACCAUCGUUAUCACCACCAUUAUUAUCAUCAUCAUACCAUCAUCACCAUAAUCCCCAUGCCAUCAUCAACAUCAUUAUCACCAUCAUCAACAGCAUCACUCGUAUCACCACUAUAUCAUCAUAACCCUCAUUCCAUCAUCAACAUUAUUAUCAUCAUCAUCACCACCAUACUAUGAUUACCAUAAUCCCCAUACAGUAACCACCAUCAUACCAUCACCAUUAUCAUUGCUGUCACCACCAUCAUAAUCACUAUUACUAUCAAUCUUACUAGUAGUAAAUUUUAAACUUUUAAUUCUAUCCAGGUGACUUUCUUCUCCGCUAUGGGUAUAAAAUGCUAUGGAAUACUUUAUGAAAUAUUACCCUGUACAGAGCCAUUGCUGGAAAACGCAAGGUAAACAUAUUUAUACCCGUUUACAAGGGACUAUUAUUAUGUAAGGAAAUUCAUGUGAAAAACCUCGGGGUAUUUUGGUACAUUUCAUCCCAUGGGGAAUGUUAACAGCGUUCAGGGGUUUCAGAAUGAUUUGAAGUAGGCGGUUGUACCAAAAAAGUAGCCGGUUGUGACUGAUAGUUAAAAAAACACGCAGGGAGGGGGGGGGGGCGUGCCCACGCAAGGAAAUUUAAAAAAUGUUCGCGCGCAAAUUAACAAUCAAAUAAUAUAGAAUAAGUGAGAAGAUAAAGUACAACUCACUGUUCACUUGUUAGAUUUAUAUGUCAUUUGCAUUUAUAUUUGUAAGUGACAGUGUACUUUAAUGUGCUACUUGUAGUUUAAUCACGAAGGUGUUUGCUGUCCGGAAAAUGAAGACGCAAUUUACAAACAAAAAUAUGCAUAUUCUACGCACAGACAUAUUACAGUAGCUGAGUAGCAUGCAGUGCCGUAGGAAGCUCUUUUUGAUUAGGGGCUGAGAACGAGGGCCGAAGGCCCGAGGAAAUUUUUUAAUUUAGAGUCUCUGAAAUGCCAUUUCCUGGACUUUGGGGAAGUUUAGAACAGAAUUCUGAUGGUCAGAAAACAGCGUUUUAGUAUGUCGAAAUUUACAAUUUGUUUACAAUUUAGUAGUACUAAAUGGGCGAAGGCGUAUUUAAUUAACUAUAUAUUGGAGAAGUUGCAGGAAAGUAUGGAUAACAUGAUUCUUUGCAGUUUGUCAUGGAUAAUGUAGCCGCUUAAAAUUAAUCAAUUGUCAGUAUUUUAAAGGUAUAUUAUUUAAAUGAUAAAGGUAUGCAUGCAUAUUUACCGAUUUACGAUUUGUUAAAUGUUAAUAUCCAUGUAAAUGCCAUGAUUUCGUAAAUCAGUUUAUACUGACAAUACAAUUAUAUUAUAUUUUCUCUGUUUAACAACUAAAAUUUUGUUCUACUAUUAUUGUCGUAAUUUUCCGAAUGGCCAACCCGAUUUUCCGAAUAUGUUAAUUAACCCCCCCCCCCCCUUAGGCCCAGAGUUUUUCACUUCAUGACUUUAUCAUAAUUAAUUCGUUGUCAAAGAAUUAGUCACUUGCCAAAAACAUUUACCAAAGUGGCUCUGAAGGUUCUCUGGCUCACUGUCAAAUUCGGAUUCCCCAAUGGCAAUGCUUAAGUCGCUGUCAGAGUCAAUCAGAGUUAUCUUCCAGGAAGAUUCACUUCGACACCAACUUAGAAAGCAAGCUAUGUUUGGUACUAUAUAUUAUUGAUCUUAUUGAUCUUCCAAAAUAAGUGAUGUUUUGCUUGAAUUCCAAUUGGAACAUAACAAACAUCGUGUUGGUUCGCUUGUACCUUUGUAUAUAAUUUUUUCCCUGUGACCAGACGAAAAGUAGCCGGCGGUAAAAGUUCAAGUAGCCGGCGGAACUCCGCCGGCCGCCGGCUUAUUCUGAAACCCCUGAGCGUUGGUGUGGAUACAAUUAGAUUCGGGACGCCAAUAGUGUUAGCUGCAAUUAAAUAUAUAUCAUAAUUAAGUAAAUACACGUUAUUAUUUAACAUAAAAACACGUCCUGUGAUUACAGAGAUAACCUGGAAGAAUGGAAGAGACUGGCAGGAAUAAGUGAAAACACUGAGCCUAAAAAUGUGCCAAUGAAAAGAUUUGAAAACCUGAUGCAUGGCCGUAGGGACUCUUCGGAUGAAUAUUCAGAAUCAACGUCACAAAAUAACAUGCCUGAUGUAGCGAAUGAAUAA